AUGUCUAGCAACAACAAUAUCAACGACGCGUUGCAAAAGGCUCAGGAGAGCGUGAAAGAGGCGGAGGGCAAGCUGGACGCGACCAUCACAGAGAGCGAUAAACAGUCCUGGCAAAAUCAG